AUGAUUUCUUACACCAAAACAAAAAUUAAUUUUGACACUUUAGACCUCGAUGAGGAGGUCUCUACAUCACAAAUUUUCCAAAUUAAUUCUGUGCAAUCUGCCAAUAAGUGGGCAAUCGUGUAUAAUUAUAAAGAUGGUCAAUGCGAUAGCGUGAUCAAACUUAGUUCCUAUUAUUUAGGACAAUGUUACCAGUCGGGUACAACCUCAUCUUUUACCUAUAAUCCAUCGGGAUUGUCUUUGGUUUCCAGAGAUUAUUAUGCCAGCAGUACCAGUUGUACAGGAGCCAAAUCUACUAAUACCAUGUUCGAUGCAACCGACCUCUGGAUCUGUGACGGCACCACUGGUAUGGCUGCAGUUCAAUCGCUAGGUCCAAUUUUCCUUAGUUUUUGGGAUGCCUACUACGAAACCUAUACAUCAUCGUGUACUGGAGAUAUGUACAAAAAUGCUAGAUCCGUUGUUGAUCUUUCAUCAACUACGGUCUGUCCCAAUGAUGAAGCAGGUGUAAAUAGACAAAAGCAAUUUGUAGUUUCUGCAGAUUCCACAUCUGUUACCAUGUCAUUCAACGCCAAUCAAUGUGCCUAUACCGGUCCAGUUACAUACUCGAAAACCUGUACUGCCAAUGCCAAUCGUAUUACAAAUGCCCAAGCACCAACUGGUACCGUCAAUUUUGGUACCUUCUAUAGACAACUCAGCUGGAAGAGUGUCAACAUUACCAAUGUCACCUGCGAGCAAGGUCCUGUUUACAACUAUAAUUUUGGAGCUGGAAGUGCCUCCAAUCCAACUGUAUUUUGCCCCGAUGCAAAGUUUUGUGUAAUUCCCAAUUUAAUUCCAUUUUUGAAUGCUGACGGUCUCACAGUGAAUAUUACACUUCAGGCCGUUGCUUACAGAAUCAACCAAACUACAAGUGUUAUGGUAAUGCCUAUUGAAAUUGACGGGCUUCCAGAUCUAACUGCUUUAAUACAACCGAGAACAAAGACUGUGUUUAUAACGGUGACGUUCUCCGGUGGUGAUAGCAGUAAUGUAUUAUUAGUCAAAAAGGGUAGCCAGGCACCAUAUUCAAAUGGAAACAUUGCAAGAUUCCAAUUGGAUACUACCCCAGGAACAUUUAAUCCAUUAUAUUUAGCUGUAAAUAACAGUGGAUAUACAUCUCAGUUUAGAAACUAUUCUUUUACUACCUAUCCAUUGGUAAAUCCACCAGUUUUAGAUUCUAUCAUCGAAUUAGGUUCCGCUUUUACUAUAACUUGGUUAGCGGCAACAGGAGGUUUUCCUGGAGAUACAAGUUACAAUGUUUUCUUAAAUGGAAAUCCAGUAGGAGCUUGUCAAAUUAUUACCGAUACUACUUGUAAAAUUCCACUCUCUGGUUUUGGUACCUAUACAGUUUCUGUAAUGUCAUCAAAUGACGGAUCCAAUUCAACAGUUGUAAAAUUCCCACCAUAUAAUUUCCUUCCAUUGACACCUCCAGAUAUUUCAGUUACCGAUAAACACAUCAAGUCAUUCACAAUUAAAUAUGGUGCAACCGGUGGAAGUUUAAAUGCAACCAAUAGCUACACAGUUUAUUUAAAUAAUGUCCAACAGUAUAAUGGUCCUUUGACUACCUAUACUUUUACAGGUCUCCAAGCUGGAACCACCUACGCUGUCAAAGUAGCAGCUGCCAACGAUAUCCAUACAUCUCAGGCGACACUUGACGUUACAACCUACACAAUGAUUAAAUCUGUUAUUUCCAUCCAACAAACUAAAACACAACUAUUAAUUAGAUAUAAUUCGACUGGAGGAACACCUUCAACAACCACCUAUUUAGUAAAAGUAAAUUCAACUACACUCACAGAAUCUAAUCAACCUGGAGUUGAACCAAUGAAUUUUGUUGUCCAACAAGGGUAUUCAAUUGAACUAACAACAACCAACGACGGUGAACAAGAUGUACAAACCUUAAAUUACUAUGUUUAUCCAAGUCCAACUGGAGUUGGUAUAUCUGUUUACUCAAGCAAUCAUUCUAUUUAUACAAAUUGGACUGCAAGUACUGGUGGUGUACCAGGUUUAACUGUUUACAAUGCUUACCUUUCAUCAGACAAUUCGACUUGGACACCUAUAUGUAUUUCAAUUACCGAAAAACCAUUCGAAUGCAACUAUACCAAUUUGAUUUCCGAUUUAACCUAUUACUUUAGAGUAAUCACAACCAAUGCCAUCUUCUAUGAUCCGGUUUUAGAUUUUGAGAAGGGAACUACUAGAGAAUCGGCUAUUAAGGGAUGUGCCGAUCCACUCUGCUCCAAUCACGGUACUUGUGUCAAUGGUCAAUGUAAAUGUGUGAAAGGAUUCAACGGUGAGGUAUGCCAGACUGAAGUCAACGGAGGAGGAGACUCUGGUGUAGCGCCUCAGGCUGACCAACCUUUGCUCAACAUUACGUUGUCCGGAACCACUUAUUCUUUCUCACUAAACUCGAUCCGUGAGCGUACUCCAACCGGUGAAAUUUUCCAGUAUAUCAACUUGACUGAGGUCACAUGGAAGGCUGUCAGUGAAUCGCAUGACUCGGUCAUCAACAGCAUCGAUCAAUCGAAAGUUAAGAAGAACCAAUGGGUCUAUGAAAUGAGUACACAAUCGGCCAUUGUCCAAUCGAUUCAGAUGACAUUCAUUCAAUUCUUACCAGAGGAUUCAAGUUCGAGCGUCGAUUCUAUUAAUUUGGAAUUUGCGAUGGAAUCAUUCCCACUAAAGUACGGUGCCAUAAAGUAUACAUUGAAAAUUGAUGAAUGGAAGUUCGAUAGCCAGCUUAACUACUUGGAAGUAACAACAUUGCUUUCAACCCCCGUUGAUCAAUGCUCGGUUUCAUCGAGCAAUCAAGCAGUGAUCACCAACGCAGACUCUGGUACCUCCAUCAUUACAAUUGGUGAGGCGAACGGUACUCAUAUCUACGGUCGUCUCAUUAACAGAGCAAUGUUAGAUUCCAUUCCAAGAGUGAUUUCGUACAACACCAUACCUGUAGGUAAUAACAACGAGUUGGUAACAGUGAUCCCCUAUUUCUUUACAGAAUGUAUUUUAGAUCCAGACUUCUCACUAUUGUUGAAUACUAAAUCUGAUAAUACUGGAGGAUGCAACCAGUCAGCCUCAAAGAAUGAAAGUUGGAAAAUUGCUGUUGGUGUAGUUGUUGGUGUUUCAUUAGGUGAACGAGGUGCUAUCACAACACUAAUAUCUCGAGAUAAAAAAUUUAGUUUAGCCUCUUCCCUUCACUGGCAUCUCUAUUAUAUUGAUGCAGGUGUAAGUGGUGUGUGUUUUAAAAUUUACACUAGUGUGACAUGUCUUGUCAACAAAGAGAGAGUAUUAAAUUCUUUUGGUUCUAGUUUAGCAACAUUUAAUUCCAAUUAA